AUGGUGGAGGCUCCAAUCAUGGCAGGUGGCGUCUCUCGCUCCGCCGGCGCCAGUCCUUCUCAAAGCCCACGCAGCAAAGCGCGGCUUCAACAGAAGGCGCAGGCGCUGGCAGCUGACUUAGACAGCAAGCUGAGUGUGGCUUUGAAGGCACGCCAGGCACUACCCGCUUCCAGCUGGCGCCCAGAGGAAGUGCCGGCUCGGAAGUCGCUACCUCCCCAAGCUGUUCCAUCAAAGGCAGUAAAAGAAGCCGCUGCUGCAGCACUGGCAACGGAGGCACCGCAGCAACGACCUCAGGCAGCCUCACUGCCCAGGAUUGAGGCUUUGGAGACGAGGUUGGAGGAGUUCGUCCAAAAGCUUCAAGUGGAGCAAAGAGCCAGGGAGGUCUUUCAAGAAGAGCUGCAGGCCAAGCUGCAGGCGCGAAAACAGUCUCUAGGAGCUUUGGGUGGGAUGAACCUUGAGACUCUGGAGCCCACAGACUUGGUAUGA